AUGAUCACGCGACAGCCCCAAGCAGCAGCUUCCCUCCUUACUUCUCUGCUCCGACCAUCGACUACCUCAGCGUCGAAAUCAAUAGCACCUCAAUCCUAUAUCUGCACGCCAUGUCGACGACAGCUACACCGCGGCCUGCCUGGCGGGGGCUACAUUCCUGCUCCCACACCCUUCGUCCCCGACGUGUCCACCUUCCUCAAACUCAUCGGGCGUGAGCUUUCCAAACACGCCAGCAAGAUCGAGUCCUGGGAGGAACUCUUCACCUUGACAUCCAACCAGAUGAAAACGCGAGGCAUCGACCCGCCGCGGACGCGGAGAUAUCUGCUGCGUUGGCGGGAGAAGUUCCGAAAAGGCGAGUUUGGGAUCGGAGGUGACUUUCAACAUGUCAAGGAUGGUGUUGCAGAGCUACGAGUCGUUGAAGUGCCCAGUCUGAAAAAGGACCCCGUGACCGGAGACCCUGUAUCGGGCCCGGUCACGAUCGGGAGGAGUCCUGGGAUGCAGAAGCUGAUCGUCAAUGUACCCAACGGCUCGACCACGUAUCAGUUGCUUCCGGGGCAGACGACGGCAGACCUUAAAAAACCGAAUGGGUUUACGUUGAAAAAUGGAUACAUUAUCAAGGGCAAGCAGGCUCAUCCCAUGGCAGGCACGCAUGGGAGUGGUGUCACAGUCAAGGCAGUUGAAGGGCUGUGGGAGCAUAAGCGAGGAAGGAAGGUCUAUGGCGGUGAGAGGAGACGGGCGGAGACGUUGCAUAAGAUGAGAGUGGAGGAAAACAAGAAGAACGCGAGAUAG